AUGAUGUACGAUCGGCCAUAUGAAAGCUUUGUGAGGCUCUUCCUCGCCUGCGAGGCCAGGAAUGCGACAAAAAGUGCCGAAGGCACAAUCAGGGCGAGGUUGUACCACAACCCUCGGCAGUUGGAAAGCCAUCCGGAGAAGUUAGGGGAGCUCCCGAUGCCGGCAACUCCUGUAUUUGCAUCCACCGCCGGGACGACCGCCAAGGGGCUCAACAGGACCUCUUCUUCAAAACUUCUCAUCUGGAGAAGCGGCGAAGCAUCACAGGGAGCACAAAUCCGAGGCGGAUUCUCUGACAAUCAUACACAGUCACCCAACCGGCGAAAGCGACAAAUGAUCCGCGGAUCCGGGCAGUGGAGGAUGAAGGCGGGGGAGUAUUCUAGCUCUGCUGGUAUCCCACGGGACCCCCGAGCACCCAGAGCUUGCUUCCAGGCCUCUCUCUCUCUCUCUCUGUGCCCCACCUCUCCACCCGCAGAGACCGUCAGAUCGAGUUUCCUGGUCCUCGGCAGCAGCGAUCGUGAGAGGCUCCAAAACCGCGACUGGAGGGUGCCGCACACGGUCACGCCCACGUCAUCACCAGCUUCAAUGGUCGGUGAUAAAAACCGCCCGUUAUAA